AUGAGUUUCCAGGACGUCGAGGCGGCGGGCCUCCCGCCGCGGCCCCCGCCGCCGCCGCAGGCCGUGGUGGCGCACUGCGUGUUCCAGAUCAACACCAAGGUGUCCGCGCUCCGCCGCCUCGCGGACGAGCUCGCCUGCGGCGGCCGAUGGGGCGACGCCCGCGACGUCCGGGAGCGCAUCCGCAGGGCGCGAGCCGAGGCCACGCGCCUGGCGCGGAACACGGCGCGGAGGCUGGCCGACCCCGGCGCCGCGGCCGCCGUCGGGCCCAGGCUGGCCAUGGACUUCCAGGCUGCGCUCAGGGAGUUCCAGUGGGUGCAGGGCCGGAUCAUCGAGGCCGACCGCCAGGAAACUGCCGCCGCCGCCGCCCGCCGUGCUCGUGCGCCGCCAAUGUUCCGUCCCCCGUCGCCGCCCAGCUACGGCUCGUCACAAUUGAACAAUGCCGCUGCCGGCCCGGGCACACGCGGCGCCGAUCAGCAGCGCGACAUACAGAUGCAGCAGCAGCAGCUCGUGGAAUCACGGAGGACCCAGGAGCUGUCCCUGCUGGACAACGAGAUCACCUUCAACGAGGCUCUCAUCGAGGAGAGGGAGCGGGAGAUAUGCAAGAUUCAGCAGGAGAUCAGCGAGAUCAACGAGAUAUUCAGAGACCUUGCGAAGCUCGUCCAUGACCAGCAAGGGGCCAUCGAUGUCGUCGAGUCCAACAUCGAGACGGCCGCCAUGGAGACGAGCAAAGGGGAAGAGGAGCUCUCGAGGGCCGCGCAGACGCAGGAAUCGAACUCGUCGAUGAAGUGCUUGCUGGUCACUGUUCUUGGCUUCCUAAUGCUGAUCUUUGCGUUAGUUUUUAUAGCGUAG